CUUAGAGGUGAAGCAAAGAAGCCAGUUUCCACCGCAGCACACGCGCUGUCCCUUUUUCGGUCCGAAGAAACCGACCAGAAGAAGAAUAGCCUUCCUUCCACCGCGACCGGAUUACGGACUCCCAACGCGACGCCGCCGGCCGGCCCCUCCCUCUCUCAGCCCGCUGCUCCUCCGCGCCGCUCCUCGCUCGGUCCAGCGAACCAUGUAUGAUAACUACGGAAAUCCUCCUGGCAUGCAGAUGCCCCCACCAAAUCCUCAGCCUGGCCAGUUUGGCAAUCCAUUCUAUGGUGCAAGCUCAGGUCUUAUUAAAACUGGGUUCGGAGCAUAUGGGGGGAAGUUCUUGGAUUCUAGUUCAGAAUUCAUGCAAAGCAACAUCAAUAGAUACUUCUCCAACCCACAGUAUUACUUCCAUGUGAAUGAUCAAUAUGUCAGGAACAAGUUGAAAGUUAUACUGUUUCCAUUCUUUCACAGGGGGCACUGGACUCGGAUAAGUGAACCUGUCGGUGGCCGUUUGUCCUACAAACCUCCAAUCUAUGACAUAAAUGCGCCAGAUCUGUACAUCCCUUUCAUGGCAUUUGGAACCUUCAUCAUUCUUGCAGGCUUUACAUUAGGUUUUAUGGGAAAGUUUACUCCAGAAGCUAUAAAUCUUCAUUUUACAAGAGCACUCAUUGGAUGGGCCUUGCAGCUUGUGAUUCUGAAAGGUCUGCUCUACUCAAUGGGUGGUGGUGAGGUGCCACUACUUGACCUGGUAGCUUAUGGUGGCAAUUUAUUUGCUGGUCUUUCCCUUGCUGUUUUUGCAAGGCUCAUAUGGGCUUACUCUUAUUAUGUUAUGAUGCCAUGGAUGAGCCUCUGCAUGGGGGUGUUCUUGGUGAGGACGAUGAAGAGGGUGCUCUUCACGGAGAUGAGAAGCAGUGAGAGACACUCAUCACGACAGCAUUAUUUCCUUCUCUUUAUGGCAAUUGCACAGUUUCCCCUGUUCUUCUGGCUUGGUAGCAUAGGUGCAUGAGAUAGUUUUGUGAUUGUACUUUCGCCGUGUAACAUUAGAAGUGGUAUUUAGGUAUUUAGAAGCAUUGUAAAAUAGUUGGAGAAUGACCUCAACAGCUUGCGCUGUUUGAGCAUCAAAAGUAUGUUAUUGACAGGGUUUAAAUGUGGUAUUAUAGCUGGAAUUCCGCUGGUAAAGUUCUUUGUGAUCCUUACCAGGGUAAAAGAUAGGAUGAAGUCAUCCCA